AUGCUGGGCACCAUGGAGUCACGGAUGGAUCAAUACGAGAUUAUGGAGCAGAUUGGCCGUGGCGCCUUUGGUGCCGCCAUUCUGGUGAACCACAAGACCGAGAAAAAAAAGUAUGUGCUGAAGAAAAUCCGGCUCGCGAGGCAAACAGAGCGCUGCCGCAAGUCUGCUCAUCAAGAGAUGGCCCUUAUUGCCCGCCUUCAACAUCCUUACACUGUUGAAUUCAAGGAGGCAUGGGUUGAGAAGGGUUGCUACGUUUGCAUUGUGACGGGGUACUGCGAAGGUGGCGAUGUGGCUGAACUGAUGAAAAAGGCAAAUGGGACAUACUUCCCAGAAGAGAAACUGCUGAGAUGGUUUGCUCAAUUGGCUCUAGCUGUUGACUACUUGCAUUCGAACUAUGUUUUGCACCGGGACCUCAAGUGCUCAAACAUAUUUCUCACAAAAGAUCAUGACAUCCGUCUUGGGGAUUUUGGCCUUGCUAAGACCUUAAAGGCAGAUGAUCUAACAUCUUCGGUUGUUGGGACACCAAAUUACAUGUGCCCAGAGCUUCUUACCGACAUUCCUUAUGGAUUCAAGUCAGACAUAUGGUCUCUUGGAUGUUGUAUGUAUGAGAUGGCUGCUCAUCGACCUGCUUUCAAGGCUUUUGCGAAGGAAGAUAUGGCUGGACUGAUAAGCAAAAUAAAUCGCUCCUCCAUUGGCCCUAUACCUACUUGCUACUCUCCAUCUAUGAAAACGCUUAUCAAAAGCAUGUUGAGGAAGAAUCCUGAACACCGGCCUACUGCAUCUGAUAUUCUGAAAAAUCCAUAUCUGCAACCUUAUGUUGAUCAGCACCGCGCAUUUACCGCUGUACCGCAUCCCAUGCGAUCACCAGGGAAAUCCAUUACCAGUUCACGGAGCAGUCGGAGGAGCAUGUCUGGGAGCCAAUGUAGCAGCAUUUCUGGCACUGGCAGUGAUUUGGACAGUAUACAAUCAAGUGAAAGAAACACGUCAGGGCUAGCUACAAGUUCCAACAACACCACCAUUGGUACUGAAGGUGCUGAAGCUACUGAUGAUGCGUCAGUUAAAACAUGUUCAACACCACGUGAUCUUAAAAGCCAUAAGGACAUUGAUAGUCCUGAACUGGAGAGACAAGACUCACCUAAAUCCAUACAUGUUGAUCAGCGUCCCAAAUACGGGAGUAAGCAGCCAAAAAUCAUCAAGAAGAUACUAACAACUCUAAGAGAGGAGACUAGUAAGCUCAGGGUAAACAAUUCACCUUUGAGAGCUAGCCGUGUAAAGCUACAUUCACCUAGUCACAGAGAGCUCUUGUCUGAUGAUUCAGAGCAUAACAGUGUUUCCUCCAGUGUAAAAUCUAGUGAAGUGACGCCACAUGCACCAGCAAAGGUCAACCGUGAUACUGUGAAACACAUACAAGCAUCUCCUCCCCUGAAGCAUUUGUCGCCAAUUGUUGAACAUUCUCCAAAAAUUAAGGUCAAAGCGGAUGAGCCGCAGCAGCUAGACCCUACCAAGCAGACAAUUGAAGAUGUUGAUGCUGCUGAAGGGAAGGUCAAGAAUAGGGUUCUACUCAGUUUUAGUAGACGCACCAGCUUCCCUCCCCGUAGACAAAUGGGAGCAGAGAGUCCACAGCACACUGGGACAAAACGAGCUCACAGUAAGGUCACCAUAGAGCAUGCAAAAAGCCCUUCUCGACCUGUCCAUAGUCCAAAAAAUGCUUUUACUGAGCUUCCAGGUGUUCUAAUGGCUCCUCCAAGCCCCCUGGGGGGUAAUCAAAUGAAAGUUGGCAAUUCACAGGCGGAAUGUGCUCCACCCAGAGAUGUAGCAACCAAAGAAGUUAGCAGUGCUUGCUCCAGUUCCAUGAUUGAUUAUGCUGACAGCACCAAGCAGUCUGAACCAUCUGAACCUGAUUCACUAACCCACUUGGAUUCAUCUUGCAAAUGCUCAACCCUGGACACUGCCAUACAAAAGCAUGAUCAAACUGAUAUGCCAAGCUCAGAGCUCAACACCACCAAUUUGCAGAAGAGUAUGGCUAGUAAUGAUGAUAGUAGUGUAAGCUCAGCCUUGGACCCAUCUGUUGAUACAAAUGUGCAAGAAUUUAUUUGCAAGGAUGAUAUUCCCUGCAGUAAGAUGGUGCAGAGCACUCCCACUAUCACUGUACAGAGUGAGGAAGAUAAGUUCACAGUACAAGAACUGCUCUCAUCAGUACCAUACAUUGCUCCUGAUGCUUCAGCAACUAAAACAAUUGCAUUGGACAAAGGAUCCAAUUCCGUCAAUCAUUCAUCAGAGAUAUCACCAGUUCCUUGUUUGAGUCCUCCAGUUGAGGACAUUAUACAUGUCAUAAGGCCCAGCGGUUUCAGCGUCAGUGAUGAGCCGGCAGUAGGGAAUGCUGAAAUGGAAGCCCAAAGCAGAGAUGUUGGCGAACUUUGCGAUGUUAUAAAAGAAGAAGUGGAUGUGAGAAGCAUCACACCAAGCCUUAUACCUUGCGGACUUAUUGGUUCUGCCGCUGUGAAGCCCAACAUUUCAGAAGAUAAUACUAUCGGUCCGAAACUCGCCAAUUCAGAUGUGGCAAAAUUGCCCGCCAUCCCAGAAGCAAAUUCUACUUCUCCGGAGACCAACGGUGCGUUUAAGGAGGAGGCGACCCCAGCAAAGGAAAUACUGGCAACCUCAGCAAAGGAAAUGCUUGAUGUCAAGUCCUUCAGGCAACGGUCUGAGGCUCUUGAAGGGCUCUUGGAGCUUUCUGCCGAUCUCCUGGAAAACAACAGGUUGGAGGAGCUUGCGGUGGUUCUGAGGCCGUUCGGGAAGGCUAAGGUGUCCCCGCGAGAAACGGCGAUCUGGUUGGCCAGAAGUUUUCAAGGGAUGAUGAAUGAUGAAGCGAGUCGCAGCUCAACGUGA